GAGUUUGGCAGAGAUUCGCCGCUGGCUAAAGCCCAAGAGCAAGGAUGGACGACGUCGAGGCGCUGCUCGAGGCACCGCUGAAGCGCAAGUCUGACCGACGUGACGAUGACGACAAGAGUCGCUCGCCCGAGUCAUCCAGGCGACACCGGGAUUCUGCUUCUCGCCAUUCCUCGUCUCGUCACCAUCGAGAAGAAGAGGACCGCUACAAGGACAGAGAUCACGACAGAGAACGCGAUCGUGAUCAUGACCGAGGAUCUCGCAGGGAAGAGGACCGGAGAGAUUCUCGGAGAGAUGACGAGAGACGUUCGAGACGACGCUACGACGAUGAAGAGUACGAGAGCAGCUCGCGCAGGCACAGAGAAGCGGAUGAUUACCCGAGCGAGCGACGCAGAAGACGCUAUGAGACCACAGAGGAAGAGGAUCCGGAUCCCUCUCGUCGCAGUCGUCGUCGACACGAAUCGCCCUCUCGCUCGAGUCGAGACGCGGGCGAGGACAGAGAGCACCGCAGUCGUCGAUCUACCGCUGCGGACCUCAUGCCCGAUCAAGAUGCGGCUUACGUGCCUCUCGAAGAAGACACGAAAAGCGCACAUAGCGCAGGGUCUCGCUCGCGCCAGCUCAGCUCUUCACAUCGCGACGAUGAAGAGAGACACUAUCGCUCACGCUCUGGCAGGGAUGACCGACUCGAUCCACGUCGCUCUCAUCGUGACGAGUACAGCUCGCCUCGUGACGACCACCGCCGUCGUGACCACGUCGACUCUCCACGUGAAGAUGCCCGUCGUCAUGAACCUCGCUAUGAGGCACCGCCUGCCAAGCCUCGCACGCCCACGCCUCCUCCAAUGACGGAAGAAGAGCACGAGAUGCGCUCAGUGUUUGUCUCCCAGCUCGCCGCUCGUAUUGGCGAUCAACAGCUUCAUGCAUUCUUCGAGAAUCAAGCAGGCCCAGUCAGAGAAGCCAAAGUUAUCGUUGACCGCAUCUCUCGUCGAUCGAAAGGCGUAGGCUAUGUCGAAUUCAUGGAGCUCGAGACAGUUCAGAGAGCACUCGCCUUGUCGGGCAUGAAAGUUCUCGGCGUUCCCAUCCAGGUGCAAUAUACCGAGGCAGAGAAGAAUCGACAAGCGUCUACUGCUCAGAGCAGCUACGGUGCCCUCAUGGAUGCAGGCUUUACUAUUCCAGCUGGCUCAGAUGCUACACCGUCAGGAGCUGUGCCCUACAACGUGCUGUAUGUGGGCUCGCUCAACUACAGCUUGACAGCAGACGACAUGCGCGAGGUCUUUACGCCAUUUGGCGCGGUGGCUUCUGUCGACUUGCAGACUGAUCCCGGCAGCGGCAAGAGCAAAGGUUAUUGCUAUGUCCAAUUUUACAAGCACGUCGAUGCGAUUCAUGCCCGAGAAAAGAUGAACGGCUUCCAGCUUGCAGGUCGUCAGCUUCGAAUUAGCACCAUCAGCGAACGCAACGCCAUCUUGCCUCCCAUGAGCCGCAGUGGACCCGUCGCCCUCGGUGAUGGCGAAAUAGGACCCAACCUCAAUAAUAUCGGACGCAUUGAGCUCAUGCAGAAACUCGCUCGAACAGAUGCAGCAUCGAAUCAGCCUCCCCCGACCGUUAUGCGGCCUAACAUCCCGACUGCAGCGUCUAGGUGCAUCCUGCUCAAGAAUAUGUUCGAUCCUGCCGAAGAAACCGAGCCGACGUGGGACACUGACCUUCGUGAUGACGUCAAAGAAGAAAUCCAAAGCAAGUAUGGCGCUGUCGCUGAGCUUGUAGUCCAGCGUGACUCGACAGAAGGUGCAAUCUAUCUCAAGAUGGAAGACACGAACGGAGCCGCAAAAGCGCUGAGUGGACUUAACGGUCGCUGGUUAAUCACAGCGGUGGACGAACGCUCACGGCUGCUUACAUCUCUGACGCAAUCUUUGAUGCUCACAAGCGCGGAUGACCGCAGUACGCAGAAUAACCGCAAAUCAGAAAAGGACAAGGAAAUCGCUAUCAAGCAUCGUCGUCAUGUCUUUGACCUACUCAAAGUCGUGGCUCGUCUAACUCGUGAUCUCCAAGUCUACAGACAUGCAUGCUCCUACAUCUUUCCCUUCCGGACGCUCACUGAGCCACUGAAGUACGAGUCCGUCGACAUCGAUUUCAUGAUUCCUCACAACAUCAAGCUGCUCGCCUACCUCUCCAACAAGCCGGAUCUAUGUGUCCUCAUCCGAGAGCUGCGAAUCAAUUCGAGCAUGAUCCCUCCUAAACCGGACGAGGCAAGAGAGUCUCACAAGCUCGUUCGCGAGGUGAUGAAGAUAGCCAAACAGCUGCAAGUCCUGACCAACGUGUGCCUCGAGCUACCUUGCGCUACCACUGAUCUUUUCUCUUGCUGCCUACCACACAUGCAACUCAAGGAUUCUAUCGAGCACUCUCUCAACCAGGUCAUUUCUGUGCUCAACAAGUCUCGUGGUGCGCUCAAGGAGCUCCGACUUUUCGACCACGACAUUGCAGCAGCCGAACCUUUUCUCUUGUCCGACAGACUAGCAUCGCGACUGGCAGGCGCAACAUUCUGGCUCCAUCUGCGCUCGAUCAGCCUCGUCGGACUUUGGUUCGGCGAGACAGCCAUGCAAGCCUUUCUUGGCGGUAUUGACCACACGCAGCGCUUGCGCAAUCUCGAUCUCUCGCUGACGGAGACUAUCGAAUUGUGUGACAUCGGCAAGCUCACUAUUCUCAGUAAGCUCGCGCGCCUCCGCAUAAUCUGGGACGGUCCGGAGCGAUCAAAGGGCGCCAUCAAGACCUUUGUAGUCAAGCUCGCAACCUCCAUGAGCGCGCUUCGGUACGUUUGGUCGGACACGGAUCAGUAUACGAUCGAGCGUCUGUCAGCGAAGCUCGAGAGGCUCAUCAAGCCUCGCGUUACCUUGAUCGAACACGAGACCGCGGAGCUGCUCUGGCAGCGCCAUUGACCGUAGCAGUGCGCUUUCGACUAAGGAGCUCUUGCUCACGAUGUCAUCUACU